AUGUUAUAAAUUAAAAUAUUUUACAGUAAUCUAAUUACAAUUAAUUUUAUAAUAAAAACAACAAUGCAAACUAUUAACAAUAAUAAUUAUAAUAACCUAAAAAUCUAGUGCAUUAAAAUAGGUAAAUAUAAUUUUAUUUUAUAAAUAAAUAUAUAAACUAUUAUAUUUUAUUUUUUUAGUAUUCCUUUAUCAAUUUAAAAUACCAUGGUUUAAUAAUGCGAACCAUAUGAUUAGCAAAAAUAUUAUUAUUAUUAAAAUAAAUAAGAAAACUUAUAUAAUAAUCCACAAAUAUACCAAAAACUUUAAAAUUAAAGGAAUUAAUAAAAUAAUCAUGUAAGUAACGAACAAUUCUUUAUAUAAAGAAAUUAAGGAAAUGACUUAACGAAAUCUAAAUCUGAAAAUUAAUAAAUAUAUCAAAAUUAUUAAUUAAAUUAAAAUGAAAAUGAAUAUUAAAUAUAAUCUAAUUUAGAAAUCUAAUAUAAUUUAAAAAAGACAAAUUCUUAAGAUAUUACAUAAAUUACAUAAUUAUAAAAUAGUUAAGACCAAUACUUACAAAAUUAAAACUAGUUAAAAAACAGCUAGAUAAAUAAUAAUAAUUAUGAUAAUAAUAUUUCUUUCUAAAAUAAUAAAACGAAUAAAAACUAAGACUUAGUUGAAAAAUGGUAGCCGGAAAAUCUUUUAAGUUAAGAUUCUGAUUUAAAUUUGAUAACUUAAGUUUUGAAAAAUAAUAAAUUUGAUUAAGAAGUUUUAAACUAAGUUUUAAAUGAUAUAAAAUAAUAUAAACUAAGUAAAUAAUUAUUAAUAACAGCAAUAAAGCUUUAAAAAGAAAAUACAAUAAAAAUAAAAAUUUAAAAUUUAAAAUAUAAUAACUUUAAAGAAUUACAAUUAAAAAUUAUUAAUAAUAAAUAUAGUCCUUAUAAAUUGAUAAAUUUUAAUAGAAGAAAUAAAUAAAUAUAAGAAUAAUCACAAACAUUUAGCUAAAUUUUAAUAAUUUUUGAUUUAUAUAUUUUAUUUAUCUCAUAUUUCUAAAUUAGCUAUUUUAUUUUAUAUUUGUUUAAAGUGCUAUUUAUUAAGUUUAACAGGUUAUCCUUAUGCAAUUUAUUCAAUUUUCGAACUUUCAGCAAAAUACUUAUAAUCUUUGAAAUGUUCUAGCAUUAGAUUAGUAAGUUAGAAAUAUGUAAUUAGAUAAUCAUUUAACACUAAACUCUAUUAAUACUCAUCAGGAAUACUUAAAUUUUAAUCAAUAGUAAUUAAAUUUUUUAUUUCAAAAUUUAUUUAUCUAAUACUAUAUCUCAAAAAACUAAUCAAAAUAAUAUAAAAAGUCUCGAAUUCAACAAAAUUUUCAUCGAAAAUGACAUUGAAUUUUUAAUCUUUAUCCAAGUCAUUUUUAUUUAAUUUUUCCCAUAUUAUAUUGAAACUAUCAGAAUAUUUUUUAUUAUAUUGCUUAAUUACUAUUUACAAUAUUUAAUAGUUCUCACUUUUACUAUAUAAAGACCAAUUAUCUAAUUUAUAAGUGUUCAUAUUAGUCAAUACCAUAAUAUUUAAUUUUUAAAUAUGAAUCAUUAAGUUUUUUGA